AUGGCUCCGCGUGGCCGUAUGUACAGCGACGGGCUGCACACAUCUUCUUUGCGGGGUCGCCACGGGGUGUCUCCUGGUGCUCGUCGUGGGCAGCGUGAUUCUGCUGCUGCUGCUGCUGCUGCAGCAGCAGCAGCAGCAGCAGCAGCAGCAGCAGGAGACAGUUCAAGAGACAGCUGCUCUCCACCCCACAGCUACCCAGCAGCAGCAGCAGCAGCAGCAGCAGGAGACAGUUCAAGAGACAGCUGCUCUCCACCCCACAGCUACCCCUCCCCCACACAGACAGAGGAGCUGCCUAUACACCCCAGACCCCACAGGCGUGCCCUGGGUGUCUCCGAUUAUCACCAGCAGCAGAUGAGCUACGGAGACACCGCAGCAGCAGCAGCAGCAACACCAACAGCAGCAGCAGCAGCAGGGGCAGGGAAACGAAGGAGACAGAGACGCCGCAGCAGCAGCGGCUCGGAGAGACGCAGCUACUCCUCUGGCCCGCGGAGACAAGGAGACCGUCAGCAGCAGCAGCAGCAGCAGCAACAACAGCAACAGCACCAGCAGCACCAGCAGCAGCAGCACGAACAGCAGCAGCAGCAGCAGCAGCAGCAUGAGGAGGAGACAGCUGGCUACCGUUCCCGCCAGCGUUUCAGUGGUUUACGAGCAGCACGAAUGAUGCAUGCACAGCAGCAGCAGCAGCAGCAGCAGCAGCAGCAGCGAUACGUUGACGGCAGCAGCAUAAGAGAGAGACGAAGGGACAGUAGAUGCCGCAGAGAGUCAGAGGAGGAGACAGAGAGUCAGAGGAGGAGACAGGUGUGGGGUGUUGGAGACGAGGGGACGAGAGACAGCUCCAGCUGUCUCCUGCUGCUGCUGCUGCUGCAGCAGCAGCAGCAGGAGCAGCAGCAGCAGGAGCAGGAGCAGCAGCAGCAAGAAACAAAGGAGGAUACACAGGCAUAA